AUGAGUUUAUCACUAUAUCCUGAUACUAAUUAUACUCCUGAAGAAUGGUAUAAAUAUUGUAAAAUGCUUCAAGUCUAUGAAAAUGAAACUCCUGAGAGACAUUGGAAAUUUUCAUACAUUAGUAAUAAAUACUGUGGUGUAAGUCAUGAUAAAUACUUAAAAAUCAAGCAAAAACCUAAAUAA